AUGACCUACAGAUUCACUCAUGGCUUCUGUUCCUCUACCGCCAACACAGGGGCUUUCUCCACGGCCACAUCCACCUCUGCUGCAGCCCACCCUGCCCCGCGCUCCAGGGGUGCAGCAUGGGGGCCCCUGGGUGCUCCCCACACAGCUCCUCCCACGCCUGGCCACAGAGGAAAGACACCUAGGCCUCCCACGUCCAUUCACCUCAAACCUGGUUCUGAAAUAGGGCCCAAAUCCCCAGUCAAUGCCAACCCCUCCACCACCUCUGGGGCCACGUUCGCCAUCAGGGUUGAAACCACGCCCCCUACAGUCUUUGUCUACAAGUCUACCACUGAGUGUAUAAAUCCCAGGACCCUUGUCUUUACCGCCACCUACCCCACCACCACCUGUGUGACCAUGAUCACAGUGCCCCUCACUGGUUCAUACACUACCACUCCCGUGACACAGAAGCCAGUGACAACCAUCACCAGUACUUACCCUGUCACCACUACCCAGAAGGUGACCUCAGCCAUGACCUCUUCCCCCACCUCUACCACUAUGGGGGACACCUCCAUGAUAAUGGCCAUACCCUUCUUCUCUUCUUCAACCUCAGAUACCACCAGGGACUCUGUGACCUCCUCUACAAAGGGGACCACAGGAUGGACUACCCUGACCCCAUCAGGUGUCCAUGCAACCAAGUUUCCAACCCCAGGAAUGACUUCUCUGACUGCUACUGUCCCUUCUCUAAUGCCCCAAAAAACCUUCCUAACAAUAGUCACUGGUAACACCUCAUCACCCACCACCAGGGGUAGCUUGGUCACAACACCAUUUCCUAACACCAGCAGCACAUUUGAAACAAAAACUGCCACCACACAUUCAGCCGGUGCCACCCACAGAUUAACAACACCUGUUGCUUCGGCCUCUGUGCAAACACACACUCAUCCAGACAAACCAACAAUGAUAAUGACGUCCAGGAAAACCACACACACUCCCAUCGCUGACACUCCCAGAGAGACUCUCACCACAAAAACGAUAUCCUCCUCCCCAGGGAUGUCAACUGUCACGCUGGCCGGUACAGUCCUUACCUUGAAACCCAACACUGCUCCACCAAUGGCCUCAGAAACCUUAACAAUACCAAAAAGCACGCUUCCAUCUUCCACAAACCCUACUACCAACCCCACUAGGUCCACCAUGUCCACAACUGGCAUCACCUCAGCUCCCACCACCUCAGGUACCAUGGAAACUUCCAGAACAGUAACAGCAGCUUCAACAAGUAGAGGUUUCUCCACCACAACACCGACAUCUAGCAGUCACUCAAGUGAGAUCACAACAGGCUUGUUCUCUGUGGGGACAGGACUCAUUUCAACCCAAACAGCAACCCAGAGCCGUUUCAUUUCCUUGUCCCCCACCAUCCAGAACACAGAAACACCACGGGCCAGAACCAUCCUGAUCGCCACUCCCAGCGUGACCACUAAUCUCAUGAGUCCUGGAAGCUCCCCAACAGGUUCCCUGGCCACAGGGACUCCAGCCACACCUGCCCCCUCCCCAUCCUUGGCAGCCAGCACCUCUCCUGCCAUGACCAGCAACGUGGUCAUGUCCCCCACAAGUACAAUCCAGUCUUCUGCCCAAUUCCCAGGCACACACCCAGUCACUGCUGCCACCACGCACACCAUCCCAUCAUCUCCCUUGGUCACCACACUCCCAACCACCACUGCCACGUGGACAUCAGAGAUAUCCUCAGCCAGUUCUCCCUCUAGUGGUGUCACACAUUCCACAUCUGAUGUCACCUCUCCUUCCACCAUGACACACACACAGACCAGCAGUGCUGCUUCCCUCACUCCCACCUGGUUCUCUGUGUCCACCUCAGAAACCUCCAAGACUUAUCUCACAAUGAAGGUGACUGUGGCCACCAUGACCACCUCUCAUGGCACACACAGCAUCACCACUUCCAAUGUCUACCCCACUCAUAGCACAUCCCCAACUGCCAUCUCCUCACUCCCUAGGACCUCAGAGAGCACAGAGGCCUCCACACCCAGACUCACACCUUCCUCCAGUCCAGGCCUCCCUACGGUCACAGUGACAACCAAUGCCACCUCAUCUACAGAUAACACUGGUCCAUUGACCACGAUGACAGACAUGACCUCCACCUCUACAGCUUCCAGCAAUCCAGCAACCAUCACCAAGACCCUUGGUUCGUCCCCCACUGUCCAGAGCACGCAGACAACACAACUGACUAGCACCACCCUGACCGCCACUCCCAGGGCCACCAUGAGUCCUGGAAGCUCCCCAACAGGUUCCCUGGCCACAGGGACUCCAGCCACAUCUGCAUCCUCCCCAUCCUUGGCAGCCAGCACCUCUCCUGCCAUGACCAGCAACGAGAUCACGUCCCCCACGAGUAGUACGAUCCUGUCUUCUGCCCCUGUCCCAAGCACAGACUCAGUCACUACUGCUAACACGCAUAACACCCUAUUAUCCACCUUGGUCACCACAGUACCUAAGACAGAUGCCAGGUCUACAGGGACAUCAGAGAUGUCCUCAGCCAAUUCUCCCUCUAGUAGUGUCACACAUUCCGCAUCUGUUGUCACCUCUCCUUCCACCAUGACACUCACACAGACCAGUACUGCUUUGUUCACACCCACUUUGCCCUCUAUGUCCACCUCAGACACCUCCAAGACUGCUCCCACUAUGAAGGUGACUGUGGCCACCAUGACCACCUCUCAUGGCACACACAGCUUCACCACUUCCAACGUCUACCCCACACAUAGCACAUCCCCAACUGCCCUCUCCUCCCUUCCCAGCACCUCGGGUACCACAGAGACAUCCACACCCAGACUCACACAUUCCUCUAGUCUAGGCCUCCCUUCAUUCACAGUGACAACCAAUGCCACCUCAUCUACGGACAACACUGGGCCGUUGACCACGAUGACAGACAUGACCUCCACCUACACAGCCUCCAGCAAUCCAGCAACCCUCACCAACACCACUGGCUCGUCCCCCACUGUCCAGAACACCCAAAAAACACCACUGACUAGCAUCAUCUUGACCGCCACUCCCAGGGCGACCAUGAGUCCUGGAAGCUCCCCAACAGGUUCCCUGGCCACAGGGACUCCAGCCACAUCGGCAACCUCCCCAUCCUUGGCAGCCAGCAGCGCCAGCACCACACACACUGGCAGUGUCUCCUCAGCUCCAACCACCCCCCAUUCACUUCACACGACAGCCACAUCCACCCCGACACCCCCCACUGACGCCACAUUCACACCAACCUCAUCUCCAGGACCACCUCCCACCACUGCACCAGUGACCAGAACAACUCAGGACCCCUUCACCACCCCCAGGGCCUCGUCCCCUGCAGAAUCCACACUGGCUCCUACCACACACGUUCCCACAGGAUCUCACAUGACAGAAGUCACUGCUACUCCCCUGAUCACUCCUUCAGUCCCCCCCACAAAUACACUCACUGUGGCCACUUCCAACACUUCUCCUGCAUUGACCAGCAACGAGAUCAUGUCCCCCACGAGUAGUAUGAUCCUGUCUCCUACCCCUGUCCCAAGCACAGACCCAGUCACUACUGCUACCACCCAUAACAUCUCAUCAUCUACCUUGGUCACCACAGUACCUACGACAGAUGCCAGGUCUACAGGGACAUCAGAGAUGUUCUCAGCCAAUUCUCCCUCUAGUGGUGUCACACAUUCCACAUCUGAUGUCACCUCUCCUACCACUGUGACACUCACACAGACCAGUACUGCUUUGUUCACACCCACUUUGCCCUCUAUGUCCACCUCAGACACCUCCAAGACUGCUCCCAAUAUGAAGGUGACUGUGGCCACCAUGACCACCUCUCACGGCACACCUAGCUUCACUAUUUCCAAUGUCUACCCCACUCAUAGCACAUCCCCAACUGCCACCACCUCACCCCCUAGGACCUCAGAUAGCACAGAGACAUCCACAUCCAGGCUGACAGACAUGGCCUUCACCUCCACAGCCUCCAGUAAUCCAGCAACCCUCACCAACACCAUUGGCUCGUCUCCCACUGUCCAGAACACGGAGACAACACCACUGACUAGCACCACCUUAACCGCCACUCCCAGGGUCACCAUGAGUCCUGGAAGCUCCCCAACAGGUUCCCUGGCCACAGGGACUCCAGCCACAUCUGCAUCCUCCCCAUCCUUGGCAGCCAGCACCUCUCCUGCCAUGACCAGCAACGAGAUCACGUCCCCCACGAGUAGUACGAUCCUGUCUUCUGCCCCUGUCCCAAGCACAGACUCAGUCACUACUGCUAACACGCAUAACACCCUAUUAUCCACCUUGGUCACCACAGUACCUACGACAGAUGCCAGGUCUACAGGGACAUCAGAGAUGUCCUCAGCCAAUUCUCCCUCUAGUAGUGUCACACAUUCCGCAUCUGUUGUCACCUCUCCUUCCACCAUGACACUCACACAGACCAGUACUGCUUUGUUCACACCCACUUUGCCCUCUAUGUCCACCUCAGACACCUCCAAGACUGCUCCCACUAUGAAGGUGACUGUGGCCACCAUGACCACCUCUCAUGGCACACAUAGUUUCACCACUUCCAACGUCUACCCCACACAUAGCACAUCCCCAGCUGCCACCUCCACACCCCCUAGGACCUCAGAGAGCACAGAGAUGUUCACACCCAGACUCACACCUUCCUCCAGUCCAGGCCUCCCUUCAUUCACAGUGACAACCAAUGCCACCUCAUCUACAGACAACACUGGGCCGUUGACCACGAUGACAGACAUGACCUCCACCUACACAGCCUCCAGCAAUCCAGCAACCCUCACCAACACCAUUGGCUCGUCCCCCACUGUCCAGAGCAUGGAGACAACACCACUGACUAGCACCACCCUGACCGCCACUCCCAGGGCCACCAUGAGUCCUGGAGGCUCCCCAACAGGUUCCCUGGCCACAGGGACUCCAGCCACAUCUGCAACCUCCCCAUCCUUGGCAGCCAGCACCUCUCCUGCCAUGACCAGCAACGUGUUCAUGUCCCCCACAAGUACGAUCCUGUCUCCUACCUCUGUCCCAAGCACAGACCCUGUCACUACUACUACCACCCUUAACACCACAUUAUUGACCUUGCUCACCACAGUAUCUAUGACAGAAGCCAUGUCUACAGGGACAUCAGAGAUGUCCUCAGCCAGUUCUCCCUCUAGUGGUGUCACACAUUCCACAUCUGUUGUCACCUCUCCUUCCACCAUGACACACACACAGACCAGUGCUGCUUCCCUCACUCCCACCUGGGCCUCUGUGUCCACCUUAGACACCUCCAAGACUGCUCCCUCAAUGCAGGUGACUGUGGCCACCAUGACCACCUCUCAUGGCACACACAGCUUCACCACUUCCAACGUCUACCCCACACAUAGCACAUCCCCAACUGCCCUCUCCUCCCCACCCAGCACCUUGGGUACCACAGAGACAUCCACACCCAGACUCACACAUUCCUCUAGUCUAGGCCUCCCUUCAUUCACAGUGACAACCAAUGCCACCUCAUCUACGGACAACACUGGGCCGUUGACCACGAUGACAGACAUGACCUCCACCUACACAGCCUCCAGCAAUCCAGCAACCCUCACCAACACCACUGGCUCGUCCCUCACUGUCCAGAACACCCAAAAAACACCACUGACUAGCAUCAUCUUGACCGCCACUCCUAGGGUGACCAUGAGUCCUGGAAGCUCCCCAACAGGUUCCCUGGCCACAGGGACUCCAGCCACAUCGGCAACCUCCCCAUCCUUGGCAGCCAGCAGCGCCAGCACCACACACACUGGCAGUGUCUCCUCAGCUCCAACCACCCCCCAUUCACUUCACACGACAGCCACAUCCACCCCGACACCCCCCACUGACGCCACAUUCACACCAACCUCAUCUCCAGGACCACCUCCCACCAUUGCACCAGUGACCAGAACAACUCAGGACCACUUCACCACCCCCAGGGCCUCGUCCCCUGCAGAAUCCACACUGGCUCCUACCACACACGUUCCCACAGGAUCUCACAUGACAGAAGUCACUGCUACUCCCCUGAUCACUCCUUCAGUCCCCCUCACACAUACACUCACUGUGGCCACUUCCAACACUUCUCCUGCAUUGACCAGCAACGAGAUCAUGUCCCCCACCAGUAGUACAAUCCUGUCUUCUACCCCUGUCCCAAGCACAGACACAAUCACUACUGCUACCACCCAUAACACCCAAUUAUCCACCUUGAUCACCACAGUAACUACGACAGAUGCCAUACCUACGGGAUCAUCAGAGUUGUCCUCAGCUAGUUCUCUCUCUAGUGGUGUCACACAUUCCACAUCUGAUGUCACCUCUCCUUCCACCAUGACACACACACAGACCAGUACCCCUUCUCUCACUCCCACCUGGCCCUCUGUGUCCACCUCAGAAACCUCCAAGACUGUUCCCACAAUGCAAGUGACUGUGGCCACUAUGACCACCUCUCAUGGCACACACAGUGUCACCACUUCCAACAUCUACCCAACUCAUAGUACAUCCCCAACUGCCAACUCCUCACCCCCUAGGACCUCAGAUAGCACAGAGACAUCCACACCCAGGCUCACACCUUCCUCCAGUCCAGGCCUCCCUACGGUCACAGUGACAACCAAUGCCACCUCAUCUACGUUGACCACGACGAUAGAGAUGACCUCCAUCUCUACAGCUUCCAGCAAUCCAGCAACCCUCACCAACACCAUUGGCUCGUCCCCCACUGUCCAGAACACGGAGACAACACCACUGACUAGCACCACCCUGACCGCCACUCCCAGGGCCACCAUGAGUCCUGGAAGCUCCCCAACAGGUUCCCUGGCCACAGGGACUCCAGCCACAUCUGCAUCCUCCCCAUCCUUGGCAGCCAGCACCUCUCCUGCCAUGACCAGCCACGAGAUCACGUCCCCCACGAGUAGUACGAUCCUGUCUUCUGCCCCUGUCCCAAGCACAGACUCAGUCACUACUGCUAACACGCAUAACACCCUAUUAUCCACCUUGGUCACCACAGUACCUACGACAGAUGCCAGGUCUACAGGGACAUCAGAGAUGUCCUCAGCCAGUUCUCCCUCUAGUAGUGUCACACAUUCCGCAUCUGUUGUCACCUCUCCUUCCACCAUGACACUCACACAGACCAGUACUGCUUUGUUCACACCCACUUUGCCCUCUAUGUCCACCUCAGACACCUCCAAGACUGCUCCCACUAUGAAGGUGACUGUGGCCACCAUGACCACCUCUCAUGGCACACACAGCUUCACCACUUCCAACGUCUACCCCACACAUAGCACAUCCCCAACUGCCACCUCCACACCCCCUAGGACCUCAGAGAGCACAGAGAUGUCCACACCCAGACUCACACCUUCCUCCAGUCCAGGCCUCCCUUCAGUCACACUAACAACCAAUGCCACCUCAUCUACAGACAACACUGGGCCGUUGACCACGAUGACAGACAUGACCUCCACCUACACAGCCUCCAGCAAUCCAGCAACCCUCACCAACACCAUUGGCUCGUCCCCUAUUGUCCAGAACACCCGUACAACACCACUGACUAGCACCACCCUGACCACUACUCCCAGGGCCACCAUGAGUCCUGGAAGCUCCCCAACAGGUUCCCUGGCCACAGGGACUCCAGCCACAUCUGCAACCUCCCCAUCCUUGGCAGCCAGCACCUCUCCUGCCAUGACCAGCAACAUGUUCAUGUCCCCCACAAGUACGAUCCUGUCUCCUACCUCUGUCCCAAGCACAGACCCUGUCACUACUACUACCACCCUUAACACCACAUUAUUGACCUUGCUCACCACAGUAUCUAUGACAGAAGCCAUGUCUACAGGGACAUCAGAGAUGUCCUCAGCCAGUUCUCCCUCUAGUGGUGUCACACAUUCCACAUCUGUUGUCACCUCUCCUUCCACCAUGACACACACACAGACCAGUGCUGCUUCCCUCACUCCCACCUGGGCCUCUGUGUCCACCUUAGACAUCUCCAAGACUGCUCCCUCAACGGAGGUGCCUGUGGCUACCAUGACCACCUCUGAUGGCACACACAGCUUCACCACUUCAAGUGGUUACCCCGCUCAUAGCAUAUCCACAGCUGCCAUCUCCUCACCUCCUAGGACCUCAGAGAGCACAGGGACAUCCACUUCUACCCCCUGGUCUUCUUUUCAUCCAGGCAUGCCCUCCAACACUCCUGCAUCCAACACGCCCCCUUCUAUCAGUCCCUCAACUGUGGGUGACACCAGUCCACUGAGCACAGUGACAGGCAACUUCUCCCCCCGCACUGAUUCCGGUGUGUCCACAACCCACACUAGGACCAUCGCCUGGUCUCCCACUGUCCAGGACAUGGACUCCACACCACUCGUUAGUACAAUCCACAUCACCCCCAGUAUGCAAACUACCCUGGCAAGUUCUGAGAGCACCUGGGGAAGUUCUCUUGAUACAGGUAUUCAGGUGACAUCUGACACCUCACUGCCAAUGUCCUCCUCUGCUAUAUUUACCUCUGAUGGAGGGUCCUCCUUUUUUCCUGUACAUAGUACUUUUUCUCCUGUAAGUACAGAUUCUUCCCUCUCUUCUCUUCCUACCUUCACUCUAUCACCACACCCGAGUACUCUCAUGUCAACGUCACAUGUCUCUAUGACACAUAAUGACUUGUCCACUCUUAAAACCUCUGUCUCCACCCCUCCAGUGGUAACCUCACUCACUACCUCCCGUGAGUCCAGCACAGAAGACUUCACUAGGGAGAGCACUUCCACCAAUGCAAUAAUGACGUCCUUUGGGACCUUGAUCUCUUCUACACCCACAGUAAGACUGUCCUCUCCUCUCUCUUCUCCCACCAGCAGUUCCAUGCUCCCCACUACCACCAACACUGGCCCCACCUCCCCACCUAUCUCCAAUACAGAACAAGUCGGCUCUUCCACCACCACCUCUUCUCUGUCCUCUUUUGCAACUACCAGAACUUCUCCAACCAUUUCCUCGCUGACCACAACUCUCACAGAAAUAACCCCCUUUUCUUUUAUUUCUCUUCCUUCCUCCACACCCUGCCCAGAAACUAUCACCAUUACAAUAGUCCCCACCUCUCCCACUCUUCCAUGUAUAGAAAUUGAUCCCACCACUGAUGUUACCUCUUCUCCCACCACGCCAUUCUGGGUCCUUCCCUCUUCUACUGAAAUGGUUACCCUUCCCAGUUCUACCAGUAUAAGAACCAUGUUUCCAACACAACCGGAUGCUUCUACUUCCAUGACUCCAGAAUCUGAGCCCACCAACAUUACAACUGAUGCUCCUAGUUCUUCCGGCCCUACAACUGUACCCAUGAGCACAGAUUUAAUGAGCACCCAAAUGCCCUCCAGUGAGACCCCACCUAGCUCCGACUCUGUCACCACCCCACAUAUGCCUGGCUCCACUAAUCUCCCACCGACCACAAAGCCAAACAGUAGCCCUCCAACGGUCACGACUUCCAGCAAGUUGACACAUCCCACUCCACCCACCACCAGAAGCCCAGAGACACCAGUGGCCACCAUAAAGACUCCCACCACCCUGACGUCCCCAGGAACAACACUGACCACUACUCAGAUGACUACAGUGUCAAGAACAACCCCAGGUAACUGUGACAAUGGUGGCACCUGGGAACAGGGCCAGUGCUCUUGUCGCCCCGGCUUCUCUGGGGAUCGCUGUCAGCACAAGGAUAUCGGGUGCCAGAAUGGGGGUAAAUGGGACGGCCUUAAGUGCCUCUGCCCCACCACCUUUUAUGGCCCUCUCUGUGAGUUUCCGGCGGAACAGUUGGAGCUAGGCACAGUGGAAGCCGAAGUGGGCAUGGAGGUGUCUGUUGACCAGGAAUUUUCUCCGGACCUCAAUGAUAACACUUCCAAGGCCUACAGAGAUUUCAAUAAGACCUUCCAGGAUCAGAUGAUGAAGAUUUACAAAGGCGUGCAGGGGUUCAGGGCUGUGAAAAUCCUCUCCUUGAGGAGUGGCAGCAUUGUGGUGGAUUAUCUGGUCCUACUGGAGCUGUCCUUCAGCCUGCAGUUGGAGAGCCAGUAUGAGAAGGUGAAGACUGUCCUGAAGGAGAAGCUCCAAAGUGUCAUUCAGGAUGGGGACAGCUGCCAGCAUAACCAGACCCUGUGCUUUAAGCCUAACUCCGUCAAAGUGAAUGAGGACAUCAGGACAGAGCUGACCCCGAAAGCCAUCUGUAGCAGAGCGGCUGCCAAGGGCUAUGAGGAAUUCUACUUCCCCCUGGUGGAGCAGAACCGGCUCCGUUGCGUCACCAACUGUACGCCCGGCGUGGACGGUGCCAUCGACUGUGGACAGGGCCAAUGUCUUCUGGAGAGGAGCGGUCCCGUGUGCAGAUGUUUCUCCACUGACACUCAUUGGUUCUCGGGGUCGCGCUGCGAGAUGGCCAUCCACUGGAGGGCGCUGGUCGGGGGCCUGGCGGGGGGCGCCGGGGUGCUGCUGCUGCUGCUGGGGCUGCUGAGCGUCUGGUUGGUGCGCUCCCGGGGAAAGGACCGCCAGCUCCGAGGACAGUCCUGGGACGAGGACAGGCAAUGGUUUGAGAUCUGGGAUGAAGACACCGUGGGGACUUUUUCCAACAUUGGCUUCGAGGACGACAGAAUAGUCAACGAUGAAAGCUUCCACGUGGCCUUGGAUAAUGUGGACACCAGCACGAAGGUACACAUUCAGAGACCUGAGAUGGCCUCAUCCUCGCUCUGAGCCCCAUGGGGCCUCUUCACCACCCCCUCCACCCUGCCCAGGACUGCAGGAGGGAACCAUCUACACUGCGUCCAUUUCCAGAGGUGGCCUCAGGCGCCUGGUGUCCUUGGGGCAAAUUGAGACUGUUCCCUUUAUCCCCAUCCUCCCAACUGGGCUGAAAUCCACCUGGAGACCCUGUUCACAUCCAGGCUCUUCUGCUGUGGGACCUUGAGCGACUCAGUGUUUUCUCUCACCUCAGUUUUCUCACCUAUAAAGUGGAUAUAACACACUUGUCCUGAUACCUCCUACUGUUACUGUGAAAACCACGUGUUUGGUCAGUUUUGUUCCAAUCUAUCCACCUGUGUCAACCCUCAUGUUUAGGUCACUUCCCUCAGGUCCCCCUUCCCCAAGUUCUUCCCCUGGUCUCCAGCCUUGGUCCCUAUUUUUCUGUUUGCACCCAAUUACUAUCCCAGAUGAUUCUGGUCCCUCACCCUGAACCCAUAGGCAGCCCACCCGUCUCUUACUCUCCUAGAUAACCGCUUCUGCGCCUCUUGUCUUUCCCUUACUGAGCCAGUUCCUUAAACCAGUCCCCUCCCCCAGCCCUAUAUCUCCCCCAGUUUUUGAAUUCCCCUCUCCCACCCUGGUACUCUCAGCCCUGAAUCCUUGCCUCCCCCAUCCCAGCGCUCCCCCGAAAUCCUACCUCCUCCCUACUUGCCUGUUCCUAGACAGAGACAGAUACUCCUGGCUUCUGAGGGUCCCCCAACUGGCACUCUCCUAGCCUCACCAUUCUGAGGCUCCACCCCUUCCUCUCACCCCAGGGCACCUGGAUCCCUGUGGGCAGGGGUGGAGCCUGAGUUUCCAGAGCUCCCAAGGAUGGGGGGAAGUGAGGCCCCCUCCUCCUUGUUUCCCUGACCCGCCUCCUCCCCUCUCCCCUCAGCCUCACGGCCUCCUUCCCAUGGCUCCUGCUUCUUCUUCUUCCCCUCUCUCCUUCGGAUUACCCCAUCCCUGCAGCGAUCUCUGAGCCUGAAGCCCUCGGACCUCCUUUGCCAGGAAGAUCAAGUUUGGGGAUGGGGAGUUGUGGAAUCUCCAGUUCCCCAAGUGAACACAAUAUAGCAUUUAUUAUCA